AUGAAGAACAAGACGUUUGCCGAUCCGAAAGGAGAAGCCUUUCGGCAUGUAUCUAACAUUGGGAGUACGAAGACCAUCGAACAGCGCCGUGUUGUCACCGAAUUGUAUCUGAAGGAUUGGAGGGAGAACCGUGGUGAGAAGGAGGCAGCCGACCAUCUUGAGAAGGAGUACUGCUGUUACCCAAGAUGGAAUUGGAACUACGGAUGCAGUGGUGAGGUUGGAGUGUACCCAUCGAACUGUCCUAAUGAGAGUUUCAACAGACACGGUAUCAAGAGUGUGGCAACAGAUUGCUCGAAGAACGCUUCCCUUGCUUCGUUCCUAGUCCAUACUGCCCCGAAGCUACUCAAGGAAGAUGCACAUGCAAGGGCCGAUCCUUGUACAAUCGAGAUCCCACGAACAUCAUCCCUACUGGCUGUUGCCGUCACUGGUUUUAUGCAGGAAGGCAUUGACGUUAUCGAACUUGGUAACGACGAGUAUGGCAAUCCAUCCAGCUGGAUGUGCAACUUAAGGAACAAGAUUGGUGUACCGCUCGACAAAAACAGAGUUCGCAUGGUACAGGCAGCAUUGGAUGGGGAUGUUCGUCCAUUCGAAGAACGCUACAAAAAUACUGCGCUUAUGUCGCUGCCUGACAUAUUGGCUAAUACCAUUGUGUCGACAACAAGGAAUGUCUGUCAUCUACAGUGGAAACAAGGGAAUAUCGUUGGGGACUGCGAAGACUGCGUGAAACACCUUGGAUACAGUUGCCCUGGAGCUAUCUACUUGCGGAGCAAACAUGGGUUGCUUCAAUGCAAGGUGGAAGUACUGAGAAAGUCAAGUGCCAACGCGAGAGGAGAUGCGGCAAAGGCCUGUGCUCGUGGCAACACAACUGGAUUGUACAAGAGUGGUUUGUCGCGUACCAGCAAGAGAAGAUGUCUUUCGAAAAUGAUAGAGACAUUCGACUCGUACUUGGCAACGUUGAAUCAUCAGCAGCUUUCACGCGUGGUACUCUAUCUUGGACUGUACCAACUAGACAACAAGGGCAAGGAACCGUUGAAGGGCAAGACGUCUCAGGAACUACUGGACAUCUUACUUUGCUUCUCAGACAAUCAAAUUGGUUAUCGUGCUAUGAUCAUUGGCAGUAGAAGCAUUGCUCCAGGGAAACCAUCGUCGUCUUAUGCUACAGUGAAGCAACUUGCCGUGAAUUUGAAGAAAGCAUCGGAAACUCCUGGCAAAGAGAACGAAAACUAA